AUGAUCAAGAGAUCUGCCAAAUCAGUUGUUGACGCAAUGGCGCGCGGAGCACAGAACGGUGCUGCGAUGGACAGCCAAUCUUCAUCGCGGACAAUCACUGGAUUAAGGCGGUGGUCUAUCAUAAACAGAGAGUUGCCAGGAGCGCCGCAAGUGAAAGCGAUCCAUGUAUACGACUUCGAUAACACAUUAUUCCUGAGUCCUUUGCCAAACCCGCAGUUAUGGAACGGCCCGAGUAUUGGAUUUCUACAAGCCUACGAGAGCUUUGCGAAUGGGGGAUGGUGGCAUGAUCCAAAUCUGCUGUCUGCCACUGGCGAUGGCAUAGACAAAGAAGAGUCACGCGCCUGGAAAGGGUGGUGGAACGAACGGAUUGUACAAUUGGUUGAGCUGAGCAUGAAGCAGAAAGACGCACUCACCGUGCUCCUGACUGGGCGAAGCGAGGCUGGCUUUUCUGAGGUCGUCAAGCGUAUUGUUAAGAGCAGGAAUCUCCACUUUGAUCUCAUAUGCCUGAAGCCUGAGGUUGGACCAAAUGGCGAGCGAUUUCGGUCGACGAUGGAGUUCAAGCAGAACUUUCUCAGAGAUAUAGUUCUCACUUAUGAACAGGCAGAUGAAAUUCGGGUCUAUGAAGAUCGUCCGAAGCAUCUCAAGGGCUUCCGCGACUUCUUCGAGUCGCUAAACCGGAAUUUCCAAGUCAUGAAUGGACCCGGCUCACGAAAGGCAAUCACCGCGGAAGUUAUUCAAGUAGCUGAAGGGUCUGUGUACCUGUCCCCUGUAAUUGAAGCUGCUGAAGUGCAGCGCAUGAUCAAUUCCCACAAUGUUGCUUCUCGCAACCCGGCGCUGAACGCGACCAAAUCACCUUAUGGUCGGCUAUGCAUAAGGCGUACCACCUACUUCACAGGUUAUCUUAUCCCAAAUACGGAUUCCGACCGCCUGAUCAGACAAUUAUUGAACCCGCUGUUACCACACGGGCUCGCUGACUCAAAUGACCUGAAGUAUAUGGCUAACAGUAUUUUGAUCACUCCCCGACCCGCUAGUCGCUCUAUAUUAGACAAAGUCGGCGGUAUCGGCAAAAAGCUGAGCUGGACUGUGACUGGAACUGGUGUCUUCGAGAACAAAGUCUGGGCCGCUCGACUGCAACCAGUUCCGGGCACGGAAAGAUAUCACACAGAGAACAAAGUCCCCUUUGUGGUCCUAGCGAUACGCAAAGGAGCACGUCCCAUUGAUGCUUCAAAAAUUCACAAUUGGCAGCCCGUUCCCAAUGAUAAAGCUCUUACUGUCGAGAGCGUCGUGGGCGAGAAAGUCGUCUUACGCAUCGAGGAGGAUGGUCAAGGCGACUAUGAAAGUCAAUUUAUGAACAAGACUGGCAAGAGGCGCCAUCAGCAGGAGCGGGAAGAUGAUAUUCUCUACCCUGGGCAGAGUAGCGCGGAAGGACCACAGGGUCGUCAUCAUCAUUAUCCGUCACGCCACGGCGGGAACAACCGCCAUGCGCACGAUGAUGGACCUCGUCGUGGAGGCUAUCGCGGCCGUGGUCGUGGUGCUGGUGCGCGAGGUAGAGGGUACAAUCCACAUCGUGGAGGUGGUCGCGGAAGAGGCCGUGGUCGUGACGCAGGCCAUCCGAACUACAGGUCUCUGGAUGAUCACUCUGCGCAUGAAGUCGGCGGCGGCAGCUAUGACGAGAAACCACGGACAAGUACCGGAGGAGGUCCGAUCAUGGAUUAUUAG